CAAGUAAGAAACAACAUCCUCAUCUUUCAUCUCUUCUGAUACAAAAAUGGAGAAGGUCUCUGAAUCCGCCAUUGAAGACCCCAAUUGCUAGAAAAAUGUGGUAAGAAAAAACAUCCUCAUCUUUCAUCUCUUCUGAUACACAAAUGGAGAAGGUCUCUGCUGAAUCCGCCAUUGAAGAUCAAUUGCUAGAAAAAUGUGCAACCGGAAAGUGUUGACCUGGCCGACACGACGCCAUCAGACACGAUCUUACCGGAAAUUCCAUUGGCGGAUGCUUCCGGUGCGUCGGGGAUCGCACCGUCAUCAUACGAAUCUCGAGGUACGACGGAGUUCACAGCCAGGUCGCCGAAAACAUCGCCGAAUUUGAUGGCUUUUUGUUGCUGGUCGUCGUCGUUCCGUCGAGCUGGCUUCUCCUAAUUUAUCCAACGCAGAAUCAAAAGGUAGGGAGGUUUCUUUCUGCAACGGCGGCUGGAUAGGUCUGUUGAAGAAGUGCCUAAUUUGGUUCAAACCAUCGAUUUGGAAGGUAAUUUCGUACCUAAAGACAUCUUUCCAAUGAGGUCAACAGUUUCCGGUCACCGGAAUACGAACGGCGACGUUUACAGAGCUAAAUUGGUAGUAUUUGCAAAGCAGAAGGAUAUUUGAGGAUGGGUGUUAAGUCCUAGAGGUGUGUGCUAAUGAUAACAGACUGGCAUCCUCAGAUUCCACGACGCAAAUCAGCUGGCCGUUUCCGUCGGAUUCUUGUUCCAACGGACGGUCCAGAUCUCUCCCCCUAUUAAGCUAAAUCUACACCAAGAUGAUCGCUCAUGGAUUCACCGUCGAUUUGAAUAAGCCGCUCGUAUUCCAGGUAGGCCAUCUUGGGGAAGAUUAUCAGGAAUGGGUUCAUCAGCCCAUUGUCAGCAAAGAAGGGCCUCGAUUUUUCGAGAGCGAUUUCUGGGAGUUCUUGACUCGCACGGCCUGGUGGGCGAUUCCUACCAUUUGGCUACCGGUCGUUUGCUGGUUCAUAUCAAUGUCUUACAGGAUGGGCCAUACUCCUUCAGAAUUAUCUUUGAUGGUGGUAUUUGGAAUUUUGGUAUGGACAUUACUCGAAUACACUCUUCAUCGGUUUCUUUUCCAUAUCAAGACCUCGAGCUAUUGGGGAAACACCAUACACUAUCUUCUUCAUGGUUGCCACCACAAACACCCUAUGGAUAGCUUACGACUCGUUUUCCCGCCCGCUGCAACGGCUAUUCUGCUCUUUCCAUUCUGGAAUUUGAUCAAGCUUUUUGCUACCCCAUCUACCACACCUGCUUUGGUUGGAGGUGGGUUGCUGGGCUAUGUGAUGUAUGAUGUUACCCAUCACUACCUUCAUCACGGGCAGCCGUCUGGACAAAUGGCACGAAACCUUAAGAAAUACCACUUGAGCCAUCACUUCAGGAUCCAGACUCUUGGCUUUGGAAUUACUUCAUCACUAUGGGACAGAGUGUUUGGAACAUUUCCUCCACCUUCAAAAGUAGCUGAGAAAACAAGAUGAUCCACUUCUGCAGGUGUUAGUGUAUCAGUAAAUAUAGCUUAUGACUGCAACUUACUCUAACUCUUUCUUUGUUCUUGUGCCUAUUUACUGCUUAACUCUCUGUUCAUGUCGUGUGGCAUUGUCGUCGGGAUGGUGCGAAAUUGCCGAAUCUCGGCUUUCCAGUGCCUUGGAUUGUAUUCUAUCCUGCCAUGAUAGCUCUGUGUAACAUGGAUCAAUAUGUUCUAAUAUAUAUAGUAUAGUUUUCCUAUGGUAA